CCAGCAGAGGACCAUGUCAGAUGUUCACUUCCCCCCUUCUCCCGACACUCCUCUGUGGCUCCGCCAGGCUUGGUUUCUCUAAGGAGCCGCAGCUGCAGAAGGAGGACGCGGCAGAGCCAGAGGCGCGUGGAACCUGAAAAGUCCGAGUGCUAGCAGUUACCUUCUGUCUCCGGGCGUCCGCCGGCGGGCCGUCAGCACCAUGGACAGCGGCAGCGUCCCGGGGAACGCCAGCAACUGCACCGACCCCUUCGCCCGCGCUGCAAGUUGCGCCCCAGCACCCGGUCCCAGUGCCUGGGUCAACUUCUCCCACUUAGAUGGCAACCGGUCGGACCCGUGCGAUCCGAACAGCACUGAGCUGGGAAGGAGCGAUGGGUUGUGCCCCCCGUCCGGCAGCCCCUCCAUCAUCACCGCCAGCAUCAUCAUGGCCCUCUACUCCAUCGUGUGCGUGGUGGGUCUCUUCGGAAACUUGCUGGUCAUGUUUGUGAUUGUCAGAUACACCAAAAUGAAGACUGCCACAAACAUCUACAUUUUUAACCUUGCUCUGGCAGAUGCCUUAGCAACCAGUACCCUUCCCUUCCAGAGCGUCAAUUACCUAUUGGGAACAUGGCCCUUUGGAACCACUCUCUGCAAGAUUGUGAUCUCCAUAGAUUAUUAUAACAUGUUUACCAGCAUAUUCACCCUCUGCACCAUGAGUGUUGAUCGCUAUAUUGCAGUGUGCCACCCUGUCAAGGCUCUGGAUUUCCGUACGCCCCAUAAUGCCAAAAUUAUCAAUGUCUGUAACUGGAUCCUUUCUUCAGCCAUUGGUCUGCCUGUAAUGUUCAUGGCAACUACAAAAUAUAGGCAAGGUUCCAUAGAUUGUACACUAACGUUUUCCCACCCAACCUGGUAUUGGGAAAAUCUUUUGAAAAUCUGUGUUUUCAUCUUUGCCUUUAUCAUGCCCGUCCUCAUCAUUACAGUGUGUUAUGGGCUGAUGAUCUUACGUCUCAAGAGUGUUCGUAUGCUCUCUGGCUCCAAAGAGAAAGAUCGAAACCUACGGAGAAUCACCAGAAUGGUGUUGGUGGUUGUAGCCGUGUUUAUCAUCUGCUGGACUCCCAUUCACAUUUAUGUCAUAAUUAAAGCCUUGAUUACAAUCCCCGAAACUACUUUCCAGACUGUUUCCUGGCACUUCUGCAUUGCUCUAGGUUAUACAAACAGCUGCCUGAACCCGGUUCUUUAUGCAUUUCUGGAUGAAAACUUCAAACGAUGCUUCAGAGAGUUUUGUAUCCCAACUUCCUCUGCCAUCGAACAGCAAAACUCUAUCCGAAUUCGGCAGAACACAAGAGAUCACCCCUCCACGGCCAACACAGUGGAUAGGACUAACCACCAGCUAGAAAAUCUGGAGGCAGAAACUGCUCCAUUGCCCUAGAUGCCUCAUGCCAUUCAACCCUCACUGAUCUGGAAAACCACAGGGACUCAGUAGCAAAUCACUGCAGGACGUGUGGGAGGCUCUAGUUUCCUAGGAAAGAGCCACUUUCUGGAUUGCCAUAACCUUUUUCUCCCUGGCUCUGCCAUUCUGCACAUUUCAAGAACGUCAAAACUAAGUCAAACACUGGGAACGAAAAGAUGAGACCGAAUUAACCGUCCAGUUUUUGUAUCUAACCACCAAGAAAAUGCCCACUGAGUUCAAAAUACACCAUGGUAUGUGAAUUGAGCUCAUCGUGGAAGAUGACUCUUCUGUAUUAUAUUUUAUUUUCAUGCAAAUAUUUUUGACUUUAUUAAAGAAAAAUAAUCAAUUGUUAAGUUUAUCAUAGUAACUCAUAAAGUAAUGGCUACCUCUCUGACCAAAGUGCUGGUGUGGAAAGUUCAAGGCUUUCUAGCCUUCUGUAAGUGAAUCCUCUUCGCUCUAUUUUUACUUUUAGUGUUAAUUUUAAUAUCGCCUUCUGUUAAAGACAUGAUCUCCACCUUCAUUUGUGGGUGUGUAUUUAUUUUCUUAAGGAAUAAUGUCUCUCUUACCUAGAAUCUUAAUUGCGAGGGAAGAGAGUAACUUGAAAAGUAAUCUGAAACAAAGUAAUAUGUCAUCUGGAUAAAGGUGGAUUCUUGCGGAUUGUGAGCACUUCCAGAAUCAUAAUAGGAGAUUUUCCAUUUUUAGGCUUUUAAUGGUUUGUUUCCAAGUUUUGACUGUGCAAUUCCCUUGCUUCCAUCCAAGUGUUCAUGAAUGAUAAUAGUGGGUCAAUGAGCUCAUCACUUUAUCCAUGCAGGAAGUCAAGCAUUAAAACAUAUUCUAUAUUUUCCUGUACUUUCUCCAUAUAGCAUGUUCCUAUUAUGUAUUAUUAUCCUUUUAAACUCUCCUUAGAGUACAUAUGCCUUUUGAAUCAGUGUGACAAAAUGACAGAUGCUUUGUUGAGUGUCAGAACAGUUUCAAGUUUAUACACACACACACAAAUCCAUACUUUUAACUCAGAACAAAAAGACUAUAUGUCAAAUGAUCAUCAAGAAAAAUGGAUGGUCUACUUUUCAAUCCUGUAUACUUACUUGGACUUGAAUUAUUAAGAAUGACCUAAAAGUACUCUCCUAAAGAUUGUAUUUCUGUAAUGUCAUCACCAAUAUGUUGCUCUUUUUCAUUUCUGCUAAAUGUCAAGUUUUCCUUUGUAAAAUGUCAGUCACCUAAGUAGUUUUUCUAAGACAAUUCUCUUUGGUUUUCUUUGGUAUGAAAUACAGUGAAGAUUUAGAAAUCACCCAUUUUAUUGGAUCUGUACCAGUCAGGUCAGAUGGCAUAUAUGAAAGAGCUCUCUGCUUUGAGCUAUUUUGCAGUUGUUGUUGAGGUAACUUGAGUACAUAACUUUGUACAUGUUUUGGAAGGAUAUUCUCAGACGUUUCCAAGUGUUUGAUGCCACACCACAGCCAUCAAUUAAUGACCCUUCAACACAACCAAUUCAACUGCCUCUUCUUUUGGCUACCACCCUUUACCUUUAUGCCUUGAGUAAUAUCAGUUCUAUCGGAAUCCUUGGACUUGUUUUUAUUUUAUAUUUUUCUUAUUGAUAGUCUAUAAUUAGUAAAAUUAUAUAAUAUAAUCUUCUACCUUCUGAAUUAUUGGACUUAGCAUAAAAUUCUUUUCAGAACAUAUGCAUCAUUUGUCUAUCAUUUUAAACUGUUAUUUUUGGUCUGAAUUGAUCAAAUCAAAAAUGUGUAGUUAUCAAUAAAGAUGUAUGCAGAAAAUGUUGCCAGAAUCCCUGGAGAAAGGACUCAGAAUCUUCAAACUACCAGACUUGCCCUUUAAACUCAUAUGUAGUUACAAGUUAGUUCAUCAGGUAGGGUGUUUGCAUCACAUAUGAUCGACUGGGUUGAUAGCCAGCUCCCCAUAUGAUCCCUCAAGCCCCUGAGUGAUCGCUGAGCAUAGAUCCAGGAGCAUUUUCUGAGCACAGCAAGGUGUAGCAAACAAAAUAAGCAAAAACAAAACAAAAAAAUCAUAUUUGUUCUUUAAUCUAACAAAGUGUGCAAAUAUGCACCUGUAAACCAAGGGCAGUGUUUCAGGAAGUCAGCUCUUCAGGCAACAUUACCGCCAGGGAUCUUAUGGGUUAUGAUUAUGGGAACCCAACCCACACAACUAUUGGAUGAGGAAAAAGGCAAAAGUCAAAAUGUAAUCAUAUAUUUCCUUUUUAAAAAAGUCUUUAAAAAAAUUUAAUCACCGUGCUUUAUGUUGCUAUUCAUGUUAAUGUUUCAAGAAUACAGGACCACAGAGAGAUAGUACAACAGGUAGAGCACUUUUCUUGCACAAGCCCAACCUGGGUUCAAACCCUGGCACCACAUAUAGUCCUCCAAACCCCACCAGUAGUGAUCCUUGAGCACAAAGCCAGCAGUAAUUACUAUUGGGUGUGCUUCCAAAAACGAACAACAUAUAUAUUUGGUUCACACCCGGCAAUGCACAGGGGUUACUCCUGGCUCUGCACUCAGGAAUUACUCCUGGUGGUGCUUGGGGGACCACUGGGAUGCUGGGAAUUGAACCCGGGUCGGGCACAUGCAAGGCAAAUGCCCUGCCCACUGUGCUAUCGCUCCAGCCCCCCCAAAAAUAUUUUCAAGACUAUAAUAUUGCUUUAUAACAUCAACCCUCAAAGUAACAGUGCCUCGCAACCAUGUCUGUGAAUGCCUCCUCACCCCCACCCUACUAUCUCCACUUAGCAAACUCACUUUUAUAGGCAGACCCUCAAAGUAGUCUAUCGUUGGCCAUUGUUUACUGCCUUGUUUUGUUUCAAUAUAUUCCACAUAUGAGAUAGAUAAUUUGAUAUUUCACCUCCUUUCAACUCACUUUGCUCAUCAUGCUAUCCUCCAGGACCACAUAAGUUGCACUGAACUAAAGAAUUUCAUUUUUUAUUAUAGCUGCAUAGUAUUCCAUUGUGCAUAGAAACCAUUGUAUCUUUGCCCAUUCAACUGUUCUUGAGCACUUGAGUUAUUUCCAAAUCUGUGCUAUUGUGGUAGUGCUGCAAUGAAUACAUGAGUGCAGAUAUCUUUUUGCAUCAAUGUCUUGUACUCUUGCCUUCUCAUGAAGUCUUAAAGAUGCUCUAAUGAUGUUUCUCGUGUAGUAGGUUCUAGACUAAAAAUUAAUAAGCAUUACCUUAAAAUUUUUCAAAGUAAAUAGUAGCUGGGCUGUAAAAUAGUUACAAUGUUAAAUAAGUGCAUCAGUGGAUACAUGUUUAUAUAGAUGUACAUAUAUGUAUGUGUGUAUACAUAUGUAUAUAUCCAUAUUCAUGAAGUGCUGCUAGAACUUCCACAAGUAAAAUGGAUGAUUCAAAUAAAACAAAAUAGGGAAAAACAAAACUUUUGUAUACAAAUCACUGGAGAAGAAAAUUCUUGUUUUUAAUGAGCUAUGUAGUAGCAUGAGUUAUUUCACAGGAAGAGUUUUAUGCUUUUCAUAAAGCUGCUUUUCGAUAAUCAUUAUUUUGCCGAUUAACAAGAUCCUCAUUAAUGCACAUGAAAGUAAAUAUUUCAGUUUUCAAUACUUUUUGCCCUAAUCUAUAUUUAUCUAAUACAAAUUUUCUAAGCAGUCUGCAGUAUAAUGGAAAAGAGAGAAGGGACAGCUCUCACUUAGAUUGACUAAGGCUUUUGGCAAAUAAUCUAAUUAUUUUCUGCUUUGUUUUACAUUUUUAUUUGACCCUCAUUCUUAUGAAAGGAAUUUCUUUCAGGUUAGAUGCCUCCAUAAUUAUAGACUGUAAUUGUGAGGUGGGAGUUUUGCUGAGAAAAACUAACAUCUAAUCUAAAAUAGGACGUGUGUGCAUAUUUUCUCUGUUCAUCUCUGACUCCACUGUCAUCUUGCUCCUGCGCCCUCUUUUCCUGCUAAUAACUAAAGAGCAGACAAGAGUGGAAGCAAGGCUCAGCUGGGGCCAAAGAAAGUCACUGAGAAUUCUUUUACCAAUACCCACAGUGGGGGACUUCGAAAGAGACUUGAUCCCACUUUGGGUUUUAAACCUUCCCUGUUGUAUUCUGGAUCCAUCUUAACAAUAUGAUCAAGUCAAAUAAAAGAACUGUGGCAGGAAAAAUCGUUUUCAGGUCAUCUAGAUCCAUGAUCUGCAUACAUGUUGCCAAAUUGGGAACUUAUAACUUCGAACAGCAUUUAAGCUCUCUUGGUUUCAGACUGGUAUUAUGCAUGGGGUAAAAAAUAAAUAAAUAAAUAGCAAUCCCAUUGGAUUGUGACUAGGACAAAGAGAAUGCUGUAUAAAUGUUUCCAAGUAGCAAAUCUUCCCUAUUUGUAGUAAAAUGAUGAAAGAAAACUAGCAAUGGGAAAAAAAAAGAGAGAAACUUGAUAAACUCACCGGAAACUGUAUCUGAAAACCUUAGCACAGAACUCUAAAGGAAACUUCUUUUCAAAAGACAGGGGACUGUUCAAGACAGGAAGCUUCUUUUUUUGAUUUUUUUAUUUUUUUAAGAUGUUUUUAUUGAAUCACCGUGAGAUAGAUCCUUACAAAGGUGUUCAUGACUGGGUUUAGUCAUACAGUGUUCCAACACCCACCCCUCCGCCAGUGCACAUUUCCUCUACAUAGAGAGGAAGCGUCUUUUGAGAAUAAGCUCCAGCAAUGGAAUGGUAUCCUAACAGCCUAAGAAAAUGGGACUCUCGGGACUAGAGAGAUAGUAUAAUAAGUAAAGCAUUUGCCUUGCUUGUGCCCUGGUCCCAGUACCACGUACUCCUGACCGCCACCAGGAGUGACCUUAGCACAGAGCCAGGACUCUCCCCUGAACAUCAAAAGAGAAAGAACUCUCCACCCAAAAGAGAAAAGAAACAAGUGGGCCUCAAUUUGGCUGCUAUAACAUAGCCCGUUGUUGAUUUAGGUCAUUGGCCAUUUUAAAAUAAACUUCUAUUUUUUUUUUAAUUUUUUAUUAGUGAAUCACCAUGAGGUACAGUUACAAACUUAUGAACUUUCAUGCUUGCAUUUGUCGUAUAGUGAUCGUUUACAUCCCUCCACCAGUUCCCAUUCUCUUCCACCAAUGAUCCCAGUAUCCCUCCCACCACCCCCACCCCUACCUCCACCACCCCACCCUGCCUCUGUGGCAGGGCAUUCCCUUUUGUUCUCUCUCCUUUUGGGUGUUGUAGUUUGCAAUAGAGGUCUUGAGUGGCCUUCAUGUUCAGUCUAUAGUCUACUUUCCGAAUGGGUCUUCCCAACAUCCUCUACUUAGUGUUCCUUUCUCUAUCUCAGUUGCCUUUUCCCCCAGUAUGUGAGGCCAAUUUCCAAGCUGUGGGGCAGACCUCCUGGUUCUUAUCUCUACUACUCUUGGAGAUAACAUGACAUGUAUUGCUAAGACCUAUAUUCAUGCAUUUGUAAAUUUCAUUCUUUAAAAGGUAUAUUUCAAUUACUUAAAAUUACCUAAAAGUCAUCCUAAGAAAUCUAUUUCCAGUAUUAUCCCAGUGUAUCUUAGAACUUGAAAUUUAGAAGCACAAACACAAAACCUAGUAGGGGAAAUAUAACUAGGUUACAGGAAAAAAAAAGAUUCUCUAUGACCAAAAAAUAAAAAGCAUGCAAUUUCCUUAGAUUGACAAUAUUUAUAUAUUUAAAAACAAUAAAAUCCUUUUUGCAGUGGCUGGAGUCAAUAUUUCACUCAAAAUGCAUGGAAAUGAUAAAGUGCCUGUACAUUUUAUAAAAUAUAAGUAAUCUAUGUAUACAAACUUAUUCUUUACUGAUAGUGAGCAAAUUGAGAUACCCUAUAGUUAAUUUUUCUAACUGUAGCCACAAACACUACAAAGGUUGAUAUUUUGCUGGGACUUUCCAAACUUUAAAGCAAAACACAUGAAAGCUAGGACAUGGUGAUCUCAACUCCCAGGCUUCUUUUCUGAAUACACAGCCCCCCCUGAGGUUAUAGCAUAUAUGACUUAGAAUGCUUCAUCACACUAGAACCACUCACCAAUAGGAAAUGGAUACCCAUGUCUUCUUAUCUAAAUCUUCAACAUCAUUGUUUUCUCACUGGUCGUAUUGCUUGGGCUACUCGAAGCGAUGAAAACAAAUCGAAACCUUCAUCAUUUCCUCAGCCCUAUUCUCCCCAGUCUGAGAAACUUCAGGGUUCAUAGUCACAGAAUACUGCAUGAGAUUCUGGGCAAUUCACUGUCAGUAAAAGUUUAGGAUCUAAAGUGACAAGUCAAUCAAAGGAUCUAACUAAGAGAUCUGUCUAUGAGCCACUUGAACUUGAGAAUAAUUUCAACCUCUAUUUGUUGUUUUUCACUGUGAGCCAGAUACUAAAACUGCAAGAUGUACAUUACUGAACUCUUCAAGAAUUAAGCAAAAGCAAAUGCUUUAGAGAAUCUCUGUACUUGUGGAAACCAAAGAAACCAGUGUAAUGUUAGUAUAAAGAACUGCCUAACACUGAUUAUAGUAUCCCAAUUUCUUCAAAACAAGCAUAUAUAUGUUUACAUUUUCAGAUUAUGCGUCUUCAUUGUAUUUCACAAGAAUGAUAGUAUUAAGUAUAGCACAUGAAGGAGACACAAUUUUUGCAGUAACUGAACCUGGUCUCUGUACACCUCAGUGAUUGCAUAUCUUUAUGAUUUAUUGCCAUGCAAAGACAUAUUAUCAGACAAAAUUUGCUUCUCAGACAUGAGAAUAAAAUUUGAACUAGUGCACUUAAAAUAAAAAGUUUAUUUCUGAAUUUCAAACUAAUACAUUUUAAGCUUAUUAUAUAUUGUAUAUGUUAGAGAAAAUAUGCAUUUAUUUUAUGGUUCCAGAGAGAAAGAGUGAAGAGUGUUUUGGAGUCACUGAGAAAAUGUGAUCUUAAUAUUGUCACGUACUCUGUAAUAGGUAUGUUUAGCAACAAAAAUAUUCCAUGAAUAUAUGAUAUUACAUAUUGCCUCUAAUUUUCUUCUCCUUGCUCUGCAAGUUGAUUUUGGAAAGAACGUAAAUCUUGAGAAUAAAAUAUCAUAUUCACUUUUAAGUCUUAU